CGGCGGUGAGUGUUCAUUGUUUUGUUCUGCACGUUGCGUACAUUUUGAACUGGGAUUUGAGCAUUUGAUCACCGCGGAGCACCUCAGUAAAUUAUCUGGCUACAUUGUAACUGCUGCGCCUUUUAUAAAAUAAUUCUUCCUGAGACGACGCGUGGCUUGAUGGACUAGUUUGGACCAUAAAAUUGUGUUAAUAUCUGCAUUUCACGACCGCUGCUGUAGCCUACAGAAAUACAUAACUGUCAGCAAUUCUACAACAUACGGAAGUAUAAAAAAUACGAGCAGUGCAGGCUACGGUAGGAGUAGUGUUUUGGCCAGCCAUGCCUGUUGCCGUGGCAGCAGCAGCAAGACAGGAAGUGUGUGUGUGAGUACGCCCAGUCCGGUGGUUUCCGCGGGGAUGAACAUGCCACUGCACCAGAUCUCUGUCAUCCCCCGUGAUGUCCCUUCCUCCCGGGUCAGCAGCAGCGGAAAGGCCAAGGACAAAGACAAACAGAAUGAGAAGCCCCUCGGUCAUUCUGCCAGCAGGUCCAGCAAUAUUUCCAAGGCGGGGAGCCCCACCUCCGUCAACGCCCCCUGCAACUUCUCACGAACGUCAGUCACCCCCUCCAACCAGGACAUCUGCAGGAUCUGUCACUGUGAAGGAGAUGAUGAGAGCCCGUUGAUAACACCGUGCCACUGUACGGGCAGCCUGCGUUUCGUCCACCAGGCGUGCCUGCAGCAGUGGAUCAAGUCCUCAGACACACGCUGCUGUGAACUCUGCAAGUACCAGUUCAUCAUGCAGACCAAGCUGAAACCCCUGCGCAAGUGGGAGAAGCUCCAGAUGACGUCUAGUGAGAGGAGGAAGAUCAUUUGUUCUGUGACGUUCCAUGUCAUCGCCAUCACCUGCGUGGUGUGGUCCCUCUACGUGCUCAUCGACCGCACUGCAGACGAGAUCAGAGCAGCCGGAAGAAUCCCAGGUAUCCUGGAGUGGCCAUUCUGGACCAAACUGGUGGUGGUAGCCAUCGGCUUCACUGGCGGCCUGGUCUUCAUGUACAUCCAGUGUAAAGUCUACAUCCAGCUGUGGCGAAGACUCAAGGCCUACAACCGGGUGAUCUACGUCCAGAAUCGCCCGGAGACGUGUAAAAAGCAGAUGUUGGAGAAGCCUCCCCUCAUGGAGCCCAAUGUGGAGCACAAGGAGGCUCUGGCCCCCACCCAGUCAGACACAAACUCCUCCCAGUACACAGAGACAGAAGACUACAGUAUGGAAGUGCUCCAUGUUUGACCGACAUAUACACACAUACAGGCACACACCAUGUCUGACCCACAUAUACACACAUACAGGGACACACCAUGUCUGACCCACAUAUACACACAUACAGGGACACACCAUGUCUGACCCACAUAUAC